AUUGACGUUAGCGUCAAGGACACGCCGAUCAGUCGCAAACGAAGUAUUGAGCAAGGAAGACGUUAAAAACCGCAAUGAAAUAUUUAUUUGAAAUUAAAAGUCUCUCGGAAGAGCCGACGAUCAGGCUUCAGCAACUUCGAGAUCUGCAAGCGAAAUAUGCGCAGGAAGCGAGGGAGAAAAUCUAUCACGAAAUCAAAAUACAGAAAAAUCGAGGAAUCACGUUUAAUGAAUAUGUUGCCGGAUUUGGCUUUUAUAAUUACUACACAUUGUGCAGAUCGGAACUGGAGCGUUAUUUAAUAACCGGUAAAGAAUAUACAGCGCCGUCGAAAUUCGACCACCUUUUGCCCUAUUCUGGGUUGAAAAUCGACGAUAUUUUAGUCGACACAAUACCACAUGCCAGGCAUAGCAUCUGUCACGUGCAACCACAACCGCCGUCGUCGGCAAAGCAUAGUUCAGAAGAGCCAACACUAAGCUUCGAAGCCUUAAUGCUAGGGUACUACCCGCAUGUGACCAUUCAAGAAGCUCUGAGAGCUCCAUUGGAGAGUUCAUAUAAACCGUCUGCAGCGGGCGAUCAGAAAGGAAACAUCCGCAUGAAGGUUACUGAUAUGGGUUCCGAAGAGAAAGAGUCCGCCAUCUUUGACCCGAUACUGGCCACGGGAGACAACUCUCUGACGGCGGCGAAGGUCAGCAAGAAGCAAAGUGUGGCGGCGAGGAUGGGCAAAUGGCUGAGGCGUUUGUUUUCUUGCACCAAGAAGCCUAUGGUCACUGGCUGACUGUCAUUUUUUUUAAAUAUCAUUUGUUAUGAUUAAACGUUUAAAAAAGAUUUUCGGGUAAAAUAAACUACCCGUUUGAACCCAAUACGCAUGUCG